UGCCAGCCGUCAGCUCACUGCUCCGCUAUAAAUACUUCAGGCCCAGGUGGAGGGACGGGAAGGGGGAGCAGCGUGGGAGCCUAUGCAUGGCCGGACAGCAGCGCCAAGGGUGAGUCCAGGACCCGGGGUGCCCCUGCGCGCUGACAUGGCUGCGGGCAUCAUCCGGCCCCUGGCUGAGCUGCGGCUGCCCUCACCCUUCCCACAUGGCCUGCUGCUGCCCAUGCGCCCUGAGCCCCUCCGAGGAGACUUCCCCGACCUCUCUGAGGAGGAGGAGGAGGAAGAGGAAGAAUAUGAGGAGGAGACAGUGGAGGAGAAUGUGGGGCCAGAGCUUACUGUCCCCAGUGCUGCUGAGACCACCCUGCAGCUCCUCAAGUUUUCAGAGCUCAUCAGCUGCGACAUCCAGCGGUACUUUGGGCGGCAGGGUCAAGAGGAGGCCGCCAGCAGCUGCGGCAUGCCCGAGGACUGCAGCUCACUCCAGCACACCGAGGCCCAGCCUAAGGCCAUGGCACCACGGGGCAGCCCUGGGGCCAUGCAGAGGUUGGGGCCGCUGGCCGAGCUCUUUGAGUAUGGUGUGCACCGGUGCAUGCCGCCCCGAGCAGCCAGCGGCAAGACACAGCGGCUGGAGAGGAAAUACAGCCAUAUCACCCCCAUGCACCGGAGGAAGCUGCCACCCUCCUUCUGGAGGGAGCCAGGCCCUGGCCCUGCCAGCCUCCUCCAUGCCAGCACCCCUGACUUCAGCGACCUCCUGGCCAACUGGACGGUGGAGCCAGGGCUGGAGCUGCCGAGCACCGGACGAGAGCUGCCACCCGAGCCAGGCCGCCUGGGGCUGGAGGCCGAGCCCUUUGCUGGGCUGUGACCCCACCAUGGCCCCAGGGGCCCCCAGUCCCGCCACGUGCCACCCAGUUAAUGAUAAACCCAGCAGCCCUAGUGCCAGCAUUAGGGCACCUGGAGCCACUGGGUCAGAGCUGGCAAUGGGAUGAGUGAAUAAAUGACUCCCACCAGGCA